AUGUCUACCCGUAAACGGCCAGCACGGGUAGACACUGAGGACGAGGACGAUUCAGCUGCCAGCUCAGUCUCAGAAGACACAAGUUCUCUUCCUGGAUCUGAUGGUCGCAAGCGUCGUCGCAUAAGUCGUGACUCAGACACUACUCCCGAACAGAACCCCAAUCUUCGAAUACAAGAUUAUGAAGAGUUGGAAGAGGAUUCGGAAAGUUUAGACGAGGAGGACGUCGAACAACAGGCUACACAAGCAGUCCAGGAAAAAAGGGUUCGUGAUAAAAGAGCUCGCCAAAGUGGUGUAGCCAAUGCAGCCAGAGACUAUGGUAUUCUGGAGUCUGUCGUUAUCCACGACUUCAUGAACCACCAUUAUUUCGAAUUUCUGUUCGGCCCUUUGAUCAACUUCAUUACAGGCAAGAACGGCUCGGGCAAGAGUGCCGUAUUGACUGCUAUCACCCUGUGUCUAGGAGGUAAAGCCGCAUCCACCAACAGAGGCAAAGGCUUGAAGUCUUUUAUUCGACAUGGCUGCGAACGAGCUCGAAUCAUUUGCAAGAUCAAAAAUCAAGGCUCCGGCGCAUAUCAACCAGAAGAAUCUGCCAGCGGGCGCAAAGUAUCUGAUAAGCGACUUGAUCUGGACCCGAUACUGGACCAUUGCGGUUUACAAGUCGAUAACCCGCUCAAUGUUUUGUCACAAGACAACGCAAGACAAUUUCUCGGCAGCGCGAAGCCAGCCGACAAGUACAAGUUCUUCAUCAAAGGCGUGCAACUCGAACAGCUGGACGAAGACUAUCGACUUCUGGAAGACCGACUAUUCACGAUACAGCAAAAGUUGGACAAGAAGAAAGAGGACGUGACAGUGCUCGAGAAUAUAAGGAACAACAAAAUCAGGCUUCGUGAGCAGGCAAGAAAGACAGAUGGGUUAGUAGCCAAAAUGCGCGAGCUGCGUCGACAAUGCGCUUGGGCUCAAGUGAGGGAUCAGGAGGCCAAACUUGUUGAAUACGACGUUGAAAUGACCAAACAAGAUGAGCUCAUUCGGACUGCUCAGCUUGAGGUUGAUGAGUAUGACACAAACUAUCAGGAUGCCACCACUCAGCACGAAGCGACUAAAAUCGCUCUCGACGAAGCUAAGGCGGCGUUCAACGCCGCUGAAGGCGAGAAGCGUGAACUGAAAGUCCUCUACGAGGAAGCUAAACGAGAAGCCAUGGCAGCCCAACAUGAAGAAAGGGCCGCGAAAACCACGUUGGCGCAGAAGGUCAAAGAGAAGAAGAAUACUGAGGGCCAGAUAGCCGAAGAGGAACGGCGCCUGGAUGAGCUCAACGGUGGUGGAGCUGCUCGCCGUCGAGAGGAACGCACGCUUGCUCAAGCAACCGCGCAGCAAGCACGUACUGAGCUAGAAGCGCAUAAGGCAGGCAGGCAAGAAGUAGAAAGGAACAGGCAAAUCAAAGGCGCUGUUGUCAAUGAGAAGGCAGGAAUCAUGAAUGCAGCUCAAAGGAAGAUCAACGAGAUCGAAGAGAGUUUAGGCAAGCUCCAGAAUAUCAAUGCAAAUAAUCAGCACAGAGCUUUUCGACGCAACAACGAGCAAUUGGAACGACUGAUUGGUCAAGAGACUCGAUGGCAACAUAAGCCCUUGGGACCACUGGGCCGCCACGUGAAAUUGCUAAAGCCAGAGUGGUCAUCGGUUCUCGAGAGCAUGUUCGGUAAAACAUUGAGCGGUUUCCUGGUCUUUAGCAGACACGAUUUGAAUCUAUUGAGCGACCUCAAAAGGCGAGCCGCCUGUGAUGCUGAAAUGUUCCUCCUAACUGAUAGAAAAGACUUCAACGUCAGAGAGCCAGAUGAGCAAUUUGUGACAAUCCUCAAAGUACUUGAGAUCGACAAUCAGGAUGUGAAAAAGCACCUGAUCAUUCAGCAUGUCAUUGAUCAACACAUACUCGUCCCUAACUUGGAUGAUGCGACGAGAACCAUGUACGACUCCGGUCGACUGCGAUGCGUCAGAGGAUGCUUUGCCUUCAAUCCUCAUGACCCACAAAAAGGACACCUUUUACGAUAUGGUGCCGGUGAUGGUGCUAGCCAAGAUCCCGUUCUGGCUUACCGUGGUCUGCCUCGCAUGAAAGGAGACAUAGAGGCCACAAUAGCCAUAAAAAGAAUAGCUCUGCGAGAUGCUCAGGAUGAUCUAGCAACGGCAAGAAGAGCUUGGACCGAAGCUCGUGUUGAAGUCGUCAAAGCCGAUGCCGCUGUCAAAAAAUGGCAGAAACGUUUAGAGGAAUUGAACAUAGCAGCACAAGAAGCUGAUGAUAAAGUCCAAGUCUUAGACGGUCAGAUCAGCAACGAUAGUGUGGAAGGAGGCAAGCUGAGUGCAUUGAGGGAUGGUCUGAAAGAAGUCGAGGAGUCAAGGCAAUUAGCUGAAGACCAAUACAAAGAUGCCGUAAUUGCCCGCGAUACGAAGCAAAAGGCAAUGCAUGAGCGAAACCAACGUAUGAAUGCGUACGAUACGACUCUGCAAGAGCUCCAACAUGCCUUCAAUGAAGCUGAGCGACAGCAUCGAUUAGCCGACCAAAACAAGGCAAACACACUCCUUACCAAGAAUGGAAAGGAAGCAGUCCUGGCGGAUACACAAAAAGGACGCCAAGAACUUGUUGACGACAAAGCAGAGGCUGAAGCACACCUUCAAAACAUCAUAGCUCAAGCUACCGAGAAAGUUGGCAACCGAAUUCAUGUGCCAGACAGGUCAACGAAAAGCCUCUUCGAGAAACAUGAGGAGAUGAAGAAAACCCACAGGCAAUGGCAGCAGCGAAUUGGUAUCUCCGUCGAGGAUGCUGAAAGAGCAGCGGCAGAGGCAGAAAUAAACUGUAAUCGAGCCGAAGUCGACCACAAGCAGCUCGAAGAGACGCAAAACAUGCUGCAAACAUCCCUCGACGACCGCAGAGCUAGAUGGAGACUAUUUCGUCAAUUCAUCUCCGCACGUGCACGCGUUACAUUCGUUGCCCUUCUUUCCGAGCGUGGCUUCCGAGGUGAACUGCUCAUCAACCAUGCAAAAAGGCUGCUAGAUCUUCGUGUUGAGCCAGAUAUCACCAGACGAAACGCUGCUGGUCGUUCCGCAAACACUCUCUCCGGCGGUGAGAAGUCCUACGCUCAGAUCUGCAUGCUGCUCGCUAUCUGGGAGGCCAUGGGCAGUCCGCUGAGAUGUCUUGACGAAUUUGACGUGUUCAUGGACAACGUCAACAGAAGCACAAGUAUAAGGAUGAUUCUCGACGCCGCCCGGCAGAGUAUUGGCAGGCAGUACAUUCUAAUAUCUCCUGGCGCCAAGGAGGAUAUUCCUCAAGACCACGAUGUACGAGUGCAGGAACUUGCACCACCUGAACGAGGACAGCAGACUAUUGAGGAGAGUAGAGGAGGACGAAGACGGGCUGGUGCUGCAGCAAAUGGUGACUAG